CGCUCAAAAACGUUUCUACUCAGUUCAAUGGAUAGCGUUAUUCCACCUUCGUGCAAUUGAUCUCUUCUCUGUUAAUUUAUUAUAACAGUCUAUGUAGAAAAACAUAAAUCUGGUGAGAACCAUAUAUGGACAAUGAACAUGAUCGUUAACUACUUUUCAGCUGUAUCCAGUUACAAGGAUGUGAAUCAGAAUGAUCUCGUGAAGAGCCCAUCCUUUACAUUUGAAGACAACACGUCUACACUACAAUACAAUGAAAGGCAAAAAUGAAGAAAUAUUUCAUUAUAAAACUGUGAAUUUACGUUGUGAAACGAAGGAAUGAAUGUUGAAUUGUAGAAACAGUCGUUUUGGUUCAUAUUUGUCUGAAGUUCAAAUAAAGGCUUCACGAUUAAAACCAAAGAUUCUCCAUUAAAGUAAGUCAGAGUAUUCACAACACUAUAUUUUAAAUAAAUUUCUUGUUUAAAAAUGGCUUCACCACCUAAAAAACUGAAGAUUGAGGCAAAUGGAUCUCGUUUAAGUAAACUUUUGAUAAAUAAAGGAACACAAGCUUUGAAAACAACAUUGCAUGUAAAUUUUCGCUCGUCAAACCUAAGCGAUGAACUUAAUGAAUCAUCAAAUAAAAGUACAUUGGAAUUAUUAAGAAAAAGAAACGUCAUCAACAAAGAGCAAUGGAACCUUCUUUACCCAUCAACUGGUUUUCCAAACCUUGAUAACUUUGAUAUUUCAUUAUUGACUGUCUUAUUGCGUAACAUAUGUGGUCUAACAGCGCCACAUGGUGGAUGGGAUAAUCUUCCUUCCUCUUCAGAUACUUCAAUCUCAGCAAAUAUUGCGAGAAUAAAGUUUUAUCGAAACAAAGUGUAUGGUCACAUAACCACAACUAGUGUAGAUGACAGUGAGUUUGAGCAUUUGUGGCAGGAAAUUUCAAAGGCAUUGGUUGGUCUGGGUAUUCAACAAACUGAAAUAGAUGAAGCAAAGAAAGCUCCUCUCAGUCCUGAUGAGGCAAAUCAUAUUGAAAUAUUGAAAAACUGGUAUGAAAAAGAAAAACAGUUAAUCAAUGUCGCUGAGGAAACUAAAGAUGUUGUAAAAGAAUUAAAAAAAGAGUUUGAAGUUAUGAAAAAUAGAGUUGAUGUAGCAGGAGCAGAUGUCAAGAAGCUUGGAAAGUUUUAUUUCAAUGGUCUUAUAAAAGAUCUUAACAAGAAAUACCUUGAAGGCACUAGACAAUGGUUAUUUGAAAAACUUGACACUUGGUUUAACGAUAAAAGUGAAGAUGCUUCAAAUGUCAUGAUUUUGGUAGCCGGUCCUGGCGUUGGUAAAAGUGUGUUUGCUGCUGAGGUGUGUCGACGAUAUUCUGAAAAGAAGAAACUUGCUGCUUCUCAUUUCUGCAGAUAUAAUCGAUCAGAUGAGAGGAAUCCUCGAAUGUUGAUAGAAUCAUUGGCUAGUAGCAUGUGUGAUACAAUAUCAGAGUUUAAUUGUAAACUGAAUGAAGAAUUACUGAGAAACCAUUCCUACAAAAUAGUCGCCGAUGCAUUCCGUGUUUUAUUAAAUAAUCCAUUGCAUUCAUUGGUAGGUCAUGAACCAAUGCUUUUGGUUAUUGAUGCCUUAGAUGAAAGUCAAGUUGACGGCAAAAGUGAAUUGUUGGAAUUGAUUGCAGAAGAGUUUGACCGACUGCCCAAAUGGAUCAAAAUCUUCAUCACCAGUCGUCCAGAACUUCCUGUUCAAAGGAAGUUGAAAGACAUGAAUCCUGUGGAAAUUACAACUCAUCCUCGUGAUGAAAACAACGAAGAAGACCUGCACAAGUAUUUGAAACAUCAGUUAAACAAUCGUGUGCAGAUAAACCGCUACGUUCUUCAAUCAUUAGUUACAAAAUGUGAGGGAUCAUUCCUUUAUGCGUAUUACGCACAACUGAGCUUGAAUAAAGAAAAUAUUGAGCUUACUUACGAAAACAUUCAACAAUUCGUCCCUAGUGGGUUAAGCAGUGUUUACACAAAGCAAUUUGAAAGAGUAAAAGAUUUAACGAAAGAAAGUCCGGGAAACUCUGUUUUCUCAGAAACUAAUUUUAUGCAAUUUCUUGAAUUGUUGGCUGCCUGUCGGGAGUUUUUACCAUUAACUUUACUGUUUAACUAUUUAGGUUUUUCUGAUGACAUCAAGUUUGAAGUCCGCAAUAAAAUCAUUGAACUGUUAUCUCAAAUUUUGCCAGUUUACGAUGAUUGUUUAACCGUGUAUCACAAAUCUCUAAUUGAUUGGUUGAAAUCAGAUGGUUACGAACAGCAUGGAUUUACAGUUGAGCCAAAAAAUGGUCAUAAGUUCUUAUGGCAUGCUUGUGAGAAAGUGUUUAAACAAUGUCGCGAAAAUGAUCACUUUAGCUGGGCAGUUGAUGUCAAAGUGUUUUGUGCAAGGUUAAUGGGUGUAGAAGACAUUGGCAUGUCUACCAUUGACUCUGAAUUGCGUGAAAUCAUUAAUGAGUGGCAUACUUUCUUGAACAAAGAUGUACUUGAAGAACUACUAUUUCAUUUGUUAUUGACAAAGAAAUUUGCAUUAUUUAUGUCUCAAAAAUGCGUAAUUUAUUUACAAAGUAUUGCAAACAGAAUUGAUGGCAGUGACGAAAAAAGAUUAUUGGCAAGGGAUUUAUUCAAGCAAGGAAAGCUUGUUUGGUUUGAAAAUUUGGACUCAACAUACCUAACAAGCCAUCAUCAUUUGACUGUCUCCUUGCGUGCUAACGUUUCAUCCCUUUGUGUGUCGUCCAAUGAAGAACUUCUUGCUGUAGGAUAUGAUAAUAGUCAAAUAUCUAUUUUCAAGCUUCCAGAAUUUACAGAAAGGUGCAUUCUUGGCACUGCAUUCGAUGAUUCAAGGUUGGAUAAGUGGGAUAAUGUUAACACAAUUAGGUCCCUGGAUGACAUCUAUGACUAUCCAACAUUAAAGAACUUUGCUUUUGUACGUGGAAACAUCUGUUGUUGUUCCUUUUCACCUACCGGAAAUAGACUGGUAACUAGUGAUGGAUCUACUGAAGUAAAGUUGUGGGACGUUAACAAUGGACGUUUGUUAUUAUGCUUAAAGUCAGCUGAUGUCGUUAAUCGUUGUUAUUUCUCAGAUUCUGGUUUGUUUAUUACAGCAGACUAUGUAAAACAUUACUAUGAACUUCCUAAAGAAGUGCUCACUGCAUGGAAUUCAUUAACUUUGGAAAGAAUUGAUCGACGCUGCGUUGUUGAUUACCAAAAACUACAAUGCACCGAUAAAUGUCCAGAGUUCUUUGUUGAAGUCAUCAAGGCUUCGUACGCUUUUGUUGUAAAGCUUUCUGAAAUCAAUCAGCUGACAAAAUACAACAAUGAAGGAGAAAUCGAGUUUUGUUUACCAAAUGUUUUCUGUCCAUGUGUUGAGAGGAAUCUUAACAAAGUCCAUCCCAUCUCGUUUAAGGAAUUUUACGUUGUUCCGUAUCUUUCCAAGCUUAAAAUUUUCAAAACUGGUCAUCUUUGGAGACCUUCAUUUAUCUUUGAGAAAUUCGAAAUUCAUUGUUGUUGCUUUUCACCGGAUGGAUCUUUUUUUGCUGCUUUCGCUGUUGGUGACCACGUCAACCUUCAUAUUUGGAGCAUUGAACGUUGCACUAUUAUUCAAACUGUACCAAUGCCACUGAAGGAUGCAUUUGGAUGUUGGUGGUCAGAUGGUUUACUGUGGGUAUGGGAUGGUUCUGAUCAUCUUACGAAGAUAUCAACUUCGUCUGAAAAGUUUGUACAUUCUACUCAAGCAAAGCAAGUUAACAUUGGAUUUAAACCUUUGAGAUUCUUAGCCUAUGGUGAUGUCUUAGUUUGUAUUGACAAAGAAGAAAGAACUAUAAAUGAUGUCAGGUUCAAUUGCUACUUUACAAGUGAUAGUAAAAAAUUGGUCAUUCUAAUCUGUGGCGACUACUUCGAAAAAAUGGGUAUUUAUGUAAUUAAUUUGCAUGAGAAAGGUGAUGUGAAUGCGAUUUUGCAUAUUGUCAAUAAAGAUUUUGAUAUUUUCGAGCAAUUCGUACACAAAUCGUAUUGCAUUGGACAAUCUAGUGAUUGCUCAUUGAUGGCUGUCGAUUUAAAGAGUGGUGAAAUAUGUGCUGAAUUUCUUGGAUCUGAGUUUCUAUUUCUUAGAACUAUGCAUAACAACACGGGAACUUUAGCUUUAGGAACAAAUGAGAGAUACGGAAUUACAUUUUUUAAACUCAAUGUACCUGAGUAA